GUCUGCUUGAGGGCCACUAUGCUGAUGGCCAGGGUCUCCUUGGUUGCACCCAGCUCACUUUGGGCUGUCCCGAGAGCCUGCCCAAGGCUGUCACCAUGGGCCCGAGACUCUUUAAGAACUCCAGUCUUGUUAACUAGGGUUUGCUUUAUCACAUCAUUCUCACUCCGGGCUUCCAUUAGAUCUCGCUCAAGUUGGCUUUUCUCUCAUCCCUCGCCAAUUAAUAGUCGCUGUCGGGCUCCUUCCAACUCUUCGCGUUGUCAGCCAGUAUCUCAACGUUAGAUGUUGCCGUAUCGUUGAGUCUGCUAGCCAUCUCUAUCACCAUUUU